GAAGCACACAGUAGUAGUGUCUCGUGUCUCUUUAAAUGCGGGUUGCGUAGAGCCUUCAUGAAUGAAGCCACGUGAUCCAAACAUCAUUUGACGUCUGGCGGCUCCGAUCAUAGACUAAAACAAGCGAGGAAGGAGUGGAUAUAUCUGGAGACCUGCGAGAGAAGGCGUGAGCGGAAAAACAUUUCUCCAACUGUCUGUCUUCUCCACACCAGGUCGACGAACCGUCGGCGGACGCCAACCUUUCGAAGGUUCGGUGGGCGAAAGGCGCCGGUUUGACUUUUGGUCCGUUCAGAAGAGCAAGGCUCUUGUGGCAUGACGACGACUAACAAAGGAAAUAAAGCCUUGAAGGUGAAGCGUGAGCCGGGCGAGAAUGGCACCAGUCUCACAGACGAGGAGCUGGUGACCAUGUCAGUGCGGGAGCUGAACCAGCACCUCAGAGGGCUCUCCAAAGAAGAGAUCCUGCAACUGAAACAGCGGCGGCGCACCCUGAAGAACCGGGGCUAUGCUGCCAGCUGCCGGGUGAAGCGUGUCACCCAAAAGGAAGAGCUUGAGAAGCAGAAGGCCCAGCUGCAGCAGGAGGUGGACAAACUGGCCAAUGAGAAUGCUUCGAUGCGUGUUGAGCUGGACGCUCUGAGGUCUAAGUACGAGGCGUUACAGACCUUUGCCAGGACUGUGGCACGAAGCCCCACGGUCGGGGUCGGGGUCAGGGCGGGAGGAGGAGGGGGUGGGGUGGCGUCAUCGGUCAUCGGUCCGCUCAUCCCGGGGAAGGUGGCGACGGCAACGAGCGUGAUUACAAUAGUGAAGUCAAAAACAGACGCACGGUCUUGAGGGAAGGGAGGGGAGAUGAAGGUGUAUCAGGAUGGAGUUUAGCUGCAUCUGAAUCAAUCUUCUCCUCUGCCAGACUCCUCUCCUCCAUCUGCACUGACUGCAAACAGCCGGGCAGCCUCACUUACAUCGCCACAACACGCUCCCGUCUCGUCAUCACCUCCGAUCAGUGCAGAUGAAGGAAAGGAUGGAAGCAGAGGAGAACUCUUGAACAAAUGCAGGACAAAUACACAGGGUUCUUAUGGACAAUGAAGACCUGGAAAUCUCAAAUAAUCUGAAAACUGUCUUAUUCCUGAUCAGGAAAAUAAUCUGAAAUUUGUAAAUGCCCAAAAUUAUUUAGAAAAAUCCUACAGUUUUUAUUUGGUUUUUGUUGCCCAGUGCUGGUAGAGCCCUUAAAGCGCAUAACAACCAUAUCACACAUUUGCACACAGAUUUGAAGCGGUGCCUGAUCUAAAAUGUAUAAAAGUGAAAUUUAGCACAUCAUCAAACAAUCCUAAACACACAUGAGAAUCAGAGCCUUUGUUAUGGAUUAGUUAUAGAAAAAUAAUUGGAUUUUAUGAGACCUGCUGAUUUGAGUGGCUGCAGAGAAGCCCCAUCUUGUUCCACCUAGCCAAGAACUUUUUUCAGAAAAGUACUAUAGAAGAUAUAUAUAUUAUACAAUGGUGGUAACUGUAUUUCUACUGUUUUGUACUGUGUUGUCAUUCACAUGAGGUCCAAGGUGUAUUCUCUGUGUGUGAAUUGUUAUAUAUCAGGAAUUCUGUGAAAUUCUGUGGCGCGUGUUCGUUUUGGUAUUGCUAUAUUUGGGUAGCUGUAAUUAUUGUUUUUUUAAUUUAAUUUUUUUCUACGGUCUUCUCACUUUCAAGUCAGACUCUCUCAUUCUCUAACCUAUUCUUUUCUCUGUCCUUCCAUUUUUUUCAAUUCCAACUGGCUUCCAUUAUUACAUGCAGUACUUCCUGGAUUUUACAGAAAGAGGAGAAGGAGGGGAUAGGCAGUUAAUAUUUACCAAACCAUAUUAUAGGAAAGGGAGAUAAAGUUAUUUAAUUCGCUGACCUUAUUAUAGUGUGAGAAUUUUCAGGGAAAUGGUUGUAUGAAGAUAAAAGUCUGUUUGAGUUUUGCUCCAAAGUUUAUAAAAGACAUUUGGAAGGGCAAGUGCCUUUAUCUCCUAAUGAUGUGCAUUGAGAAGAAGUCAAGAGGAUGUGAUAAAUAGUGGAAGGAUGGUGGAGAUUCAGUGUUGGUGUGUUGCGUAUACCUGUGCUUAAUGGCAUAAAUUGACCAAUGAGGAAUCGGCUCAUAAUAGCAUUUAACUUUUGCUGUGCAUUGUUAUUAAAGCUGUGUUAUAGCAAUGAUGGUGAUCAUUAUUAACAGUUAUGUACCUUGGUAAGUCAUUUGCUUAAAGUGGACCUAUUCUGCUCAUUUGCAUCUCUAUAUUUUUAUUCUUGGAUUUUGCUAGUGAAGCUUUGCAUAACUUGCAUAACAAUGCAAAAUGGGUCUUGUUUAUCUUAUACUAGGACUGGUGCAGCCCCUCAGUUCAUUCUGUGUCUGAAACAAGCUGUUAUAGCUCCAUCCCCCCCUUCGUCUAAGCCAGCUGUUUUCUAAUUGGCUGCCCCUCCUAAAUAGAAGAUUUGUGGGUGGGGUUUCUGUGUUCAGUUCAAGCUGUGUGUUUAGAAAAACUGUCUAAAACCUAGCAUUUUUGAAGCCUGAGCUUUUCACUCACAGGCAUUUUUUUCCUGCAUGUGUUCAUUAUUUGUCCAUGAUGGUGUAGACAUAUAUGGCAGUAAGUAAGGAAAGUAAGCGCAAUAGGUCCACUUUUAAGAAAAAGGAAAAUAGCAAAACAAGAGCCUGUAUUUAUCCUGUCUUUUUUUUUAUUUUUCUGCAGAAAAUACAUUUUUUUGAAAAUCUGUUAUAAACAAAGUCUGCUGAUUCAAAAAUGUAGGUUAUUACACCUACAGGAAAACCUUUGCCUCAAAUUGUAGCAGUUUGGGUUGCACUCCUUUUUGCUUUCACCCGCAAAACUCACAACUGCAAACUGCAACUGUGAUUUCUGACAGUGCAGUCAGCCCGCAAGGGUGACAGACAUUUCUCUGAAUUUUGCAUCUUUCAGGCAGGCUUUACCAUUUAAAAAAAAAAAAAGUAGUCUUAUGUGGUGUUCUAUACUUAAAGAAUCUUUGUCUAUGUAUGGUGGAGUCUGGAUUUUUAUAAAGACAAUUAUCUUUGCAUUAUUUGUAACAACAUGUAUAAAAAAAAAAAAAGGUAUAACAAAAUCUGUUUGAUAUACAGUAUCUCUCUAUUUUGCAAUUGUACCAAAAGUGGCUUAACUACUGAAUAGCUUUGUUUUUUCUCUAGCUACUAGGCACGUGUGUGUAGCCGUGAACUAGUGUGUGGUGUGCUGUGUAGGUAUGUGACGAGGUAAUAUAACGUUCCCUAUUUCAUGGAUAUGACUUUGAUAGUGUUUGAUUUCAGGCUGAAGCGAGUGAUGACACAGUGAGUAACUGCGCUCUUUCUCAAAUCGUAAAAUCUUUGUCCACCCGGCCCUCAUCAUUCAGCUCCGGCCCUGCAGACAUGUUAGACCAUUUGCUAAACUGCACUUUGGCAGAGUUCACGUUGGUGACAUAUUUCUGAGCAAAACCUCUGUGUCUUUAUUUUUGGUCCGCGCUGUCUGUUGCAGAUGAAGUGACCAAUGAGUUUUAUGUUUAACCUCACACACUUUAUGGUGUCGCGUAUUCAGGUCAUCGGGCAAAGUAGCGAAGAUGUGAAACUCUGCUGAAGGUCUUUGUGGCUGCAUCACACUCACUCCUUCAAUAACUUAUUUUUAUAGUGUAUGAUAAGAAUUUUUUUUUUUUUUUUGCUUCUGUAUAUUUUACAUGGUUAUGUAUAUUUAACAUUGUUCUAGUUGUAUUUGUUUUGUUUUUUUUAAAACUGUUCUUGAAGUGUCAGGGAAGUAAAAUAACAUUUGUUAUAUGGUGUUUUAUGAAGUGAAAAAAAAUCUAUUCUGCUAUUUAAUGGUUUGUCUGUCAAAGAGUGAGGUUUACCUUUUGAGUACAAUUGCCUCAAAUAUUUUUUAACCUGAUUUUAAAGCUGAAAUGGAAGCAAUUUAGACCGAUUAAAAACAUUACAUACAUGCAGCCUUUUACCUGAACUGCUACUUCUCCACUGUGAAGAAAAAUGGGUUAGCUCGCCUACUGCUGUGCACUCACUUAGAUAAGUAAGGAGCAUCUUCAUCUGUACAGAAAUAGAAGUCAAACUGGUGAACAGUGAAAAAGGCACAGGAGGAUAAAUGGGCUUACGAUUGAAAAUAUUUUUUUUUCUCUGUGGUCUUUACAUGGAUAAACAUUUGCACGUUCAGUCAGGCUUGAAACCAGAGUUUCAAAUGUCAAAUGAAAAUGACUUAUCACACCUAAUAGUAUUCGACAACAGGCGAAUUUCAGUAUCACAUACAGUAUGUUCACACGUUUCCUCCAUAUUAAAGAAAACGUGCUGUUUUGUACGUCCUAAAUGCCACUAUUUGAGUUCUGAAAAUGUGUUUGCCCUCUCUCCGUUACUCUGCUGCUUUCUGUUUUUUGAAUGUUGUUCUUCACAGGCCAGCCGUGUGUGUGUGUGUGUGUGUGUGUGUGUGUGUGUGUGUGUGUGUGUGUGUGUGUGUGUGUGUGUGUGUGUGUGUGCGCGCGCGUGCGAUCAUAUAAAACGGGGAAACUCAACUUGUGUUGAGACUUUAGGUUAUGUCAAAUUGUACGACUACAUGUGUUGCUGCUCUGUGUUUUGAUGCUCCUAUGGUUUAAAAAAAAAAAGAAUUGUUUUGUGUAAAAAAAAAAAAUUGUGUCAACAUGGUGGCUGCUCGUAAAUAGACACAUCUAAUUAUGCAAACUGGCAAAAUCCAAACUCCUGCCUCACAGGAGCACUGAUGCUAUCGUAGUCGUUUCUCAAGUUGUCUGUUUUCUUGACAGUUCAGUGUGAUGUGACAAGGUUGAAGAGCUAAUAUGCAGUGUUGAGUUUUUUUUUAUUUUUUAUUUUUAUUUUUUAAAUACCUGGUAAAUUAAAGUGUCUGCUUGCCUCUG